UUUUUUUUUUUUUUUUUUAAAGAAAAAUUAAAAACCCAAACCUUUCAAUCUCUAAAUCCUCUCCAUUAAUCCUCCCCAUUAAUCCUCCCUUCCCAGAUUUCUCUCAUUCUCAUGCACCCCUCCUCCCUUACCCAACACGCUAAGGGGUUGAAGGGGUUGAAGGGGUGAAGGGGUUCAACCUUCUGCUAAUUCCUAUGGUUGUUGAUCUCCAUUAAAGACAAAUCAGUUGUGCUUCAAAUCUCUGGUUUUUCCAGGGAAUGCUGAAAGAUGAUACCUAUCCGUUACAGCUUUUCCUCCAACAUCUAUAAUUGUUCUUCUGCACUUCAAUUGUCUUCUUUCGCGUUCGAGGAAAACACUCUCAUAAAUCACGAAACCCCACCUGAUCUCUACUUUAAAACGCUCGAUUUACGUGCAAGUUAUUUUGGAGUCCUCACACGAGCUCGUUCGGUGCUUCAUUUAUCUGAGGACGGUUGAGCAUCCAUUUGUUAACUAAGGUCUGCAUUGUUCGCCUAGUUGAUAUUGUAUUUUGUGCCUUUCUUUUUUUACUUUAGGAUUUGAUUGAUUGGGAUGGAAAAUAAGGCGAGUGUGAUGGUUCAACGAUAUGAAUUAGGGAGAUUGCUUGGCCAAGGAACGUUUGCGAAGGUAUAUUAUGCGAGGAAUACAGGAAGCAACCAAAGUGUGGCCAUUAAGGUGAUUGAUAAGGAAAAGAUUACCAAGGCUUCACUAAUCGAUCAGAUUAAGCGUGAAAUAUCUAUUAUGAGACUUGUUAGACAUCCCAAUAUUCUUCGUCUAUAUGAGGUUAUGGCUACCAAGACUAAGAUCUACUUUGUUUUGGAAUAUGCCAAAGGUGGUGAGCUCUUUGAUAAGGUUGCUAAAGGGAAGCUGAAGGAGGACGUUGCUUGGAAAUACUUUUAUCAGUUAAUUAAUGCUGUUGAUUUUUGUCACAGUAGGGGAGUGUAUCACCGCGAUAUAAAGCCAGAGAACCUACUGCUUGAUGAAAAUGAGAAUCUUAAGGUGUCUGAUUUUGGUUUAAGUGCUUUAGCUGAGUCCAAGCGUCAAGACGGUUUGCUACACACGACUUGUGGAACACCAGCUUAUGUUGCUCCUGAAGUCAUCAAUAGGAAGGGCUAUGAUGGUGCCAAAGCUGAUAUCUGGUCUUGUGGAGUAGUUUUGUUUGUCCUAUUGGCAGGUUAUCUCCCAUUCCACAAUUCGAAUUUGAUGGAAAUGUAUAGGAAGAUCGGAAAAGCAGAGUAUAAAUGCCCCAGUUGGUUUCCUCGUGAAGUGCGGCGGCUGCUAAGCAGGAUGCUUGAUCCAGACCCCAAUACUAGGACUUCAAUAGCAUUGAUAAGACAAAGUUCUUGGUUCAAAAAGGGAUUGAGGUCUAAGAAUGCAAGAAGUGGGGUAGAAAGCAAUGCUGUAGCACCUGAAGAUGCCACGGCUGGUUCCGGACCAUCUGAGGGAAGUGUGGCAGCAGAUGGAAAUCAAGAGCCAGAUAGACCUCCAACUUUGAAUGCUUUCGAUAUCAUCUCCCUUUCCGCUGGCUUCAAUUUAUCCAGUUUAUUUGAAGACAAUUCAAAGAAGAAAGAAACAUUGUUUACUUGUAGAAAACCAGCCUCUGUUAUUCUCUCAAAACUAGAAGAAAUGGCUAAACUUCUUCGGUUUCGAGUACAGAAGAAGGAAGCAGGCCUAUUAAAGUUUGAGGCGCUAACAGAGGGAAAAAAGGGGGCAUUAUCCAUUGAUACAGAGAUCUUUGAGGUUACUCCAUCUUUUUAUUUAGUGGAAAUGAAAAAAUCAAAUGGAGACACAUUGGAAUAUCAGAAGGUAUUGAAAGAAGACAUUAGGCCAGCUCUAAAAGAUAUAGUAUGGGUUUGGCGAGGAGAGCAAGAACAGCAGCAACAAGAUCCACAGCCUCAGCCUCUCCAGCCACAGGAUCAAGUUCGAGAUCCUUAUCCAGAGCAAGAUGGUGCAUCACAACCGCAAUAGCAGCCAGCUUAGAGAAAAACAACUACAAAACUUGGGUUUGCAAGGAUCUGAAAUGACAAACUCUCCCAACUUGUACUAUUGACAUACUUCUUUGUACAUUUGUUCAUCUACUAAAGUUAAACUACAUUCUAAUAAACUAUAUCAUAACAAAAUUUCAAGAUCUAUUCUCAA